GCCGUGGCGACGUAGGCAGCCCCCGUGACCCACCUGUGACUGCGGGCCCGGCCCGAACUGGGGAGCCGGACCGGGCGGCGGCGGCCUCAUCAUGUGGCUGCCCCCCGAGGAGGUGCUGCUGGCGAACGCGCUGUGGGUCACCGAGCGGGCCAACCCCUUCUUCCUCCUGCAGCGGCGGCGGGGCCACGGAAAGGGGGGCGGCCUGACGGGCCUGCUUGUGGGAACACUUGAUGUGGUUUUGGACUCAAGCGCUAGAGUUGCUCCUUAUAGGAUCCUGCAUCAGACACUGGACUCUCAAAUCUAUUGGGCAGUGGCAUGUGGUUCAUCCCGUAAAGAAAUCACAACACACUGGGAAUGGCUAGAGAAUAACUUGCUCCAGACUCUCGCCAUCUUUGAUAAUGCAGAGGAUAUCACUACCUUUGUCAAGGGCAAGAUACAUGGCAUCAUUGCUGAAGAAAAUAAGAAUCAACAGCCUCAGGGGGAAGAAGAUCCAGGUAAAUUUAAGGAAGCAGAACUGAAGAUGCGUAAACAGUUUGGAAUGCCUGAAGGAGAGAAGCUAGUCAAUUACUACUCCUGCAGCUACUGGAAAGGACGUGUCCCGAGACAAGGCUGGCUGUAUCUUACUGUUAAUCACCUCUGUUUCUAUUCCUUCCUUUUGGGCAAAGAAGUGACCCUAAUAGUACAGUGGGUGGAUGUAACCCAGCUGGAGAAGAAUGCCACUCUUCUGUUCCCUGAAUGCAUCAAAGUGAGUACCAGGGACAGUGAGCUCUACUUCUCCAUGUUUCUCAACAUCAGCGAGACCUUCAAGUUGAUGGAACAGCUGGCUAACAUUGCCAUGCGACAGCUACUGGACAAUAAAGGCUUCGUGGAGGAUAUGUUGCUUCCCAAACCCAGCAAGCCUCUCAAGAAUAUCUCAGCACUCAAAAGAGAUCUGGAUGCUCGAGCCAAAAAUGACUGGUACCGUGCUACUUUCCGACUGCCCAAGGAUGAACGUCUUGACGGACACACAGAUUGUACUUUAUGGACCCCAUUUAACAAAAUUCACAUACUUGGCCAGAUGUUUGUUUCCAAUGACUACAUUUGUUUUGCUAGCAAGGCUGAAGAGGCCUGUCAUCUCAUCAUACCACUCAGGGAGGUCACAAUUGUUGAGAAAGCUGAUAGUUCCAGUGUCUUGCCCAGCCCGCUCUCAAUCAGUACCAAAAGUAAAAUGACCUUCCUUUUUGCCAACUUGAAAGACCGAGAUUUCUUGGUACAGAGAAUUUCUGACUUUCUGCUGAAAACUUCAUCCAAGAAACCAUGCAGCAAUGGCAAAACACGGAAGAAAAGCCUUGGUGACCAAACAUGUGAGGAAACUCCAGAGUUGUCUCCCAGCAGCCCUCUUGAAGUCAGUCCUGCCUCGCCUUUCAAUAACCAGCUGGCUAACUUUUGUGCAGACAAAGUGCCAACGGCGUCCCAUGGAUUACUUAAAUUGUUUGGCACAAACCAUGAGAAUAUCUCUGAAUCGCACUGGGCAAAAGAGAAAAUGAAGGAGGAAUCAUGGAAUAUUCAUUUCUUUGAAUAUGGAAGAGGAAUGUGUAUGUAUCGCACAGCCAAGACCCGUGAACUAGUGCUAAAAGGGAUUCCAGAAAAUCUUCGUGGAGAACUGUGGCUGCUGUUUUCAGGGGCCUGGAAUGAGAUGGUCACUCAUCCUGGGUACUAUGCAGACUUGGUGGAACAGUCAGUGGGAAAGUAUAGUCUUGCUACAGAGGAAAUUGAAAGAGACCUGCACCGUUCCAUGCCAGAGCAUCCUGCCUUCCAGAACGAACUGGGAAUUGCUGCUCUUCGAAGGGUACUAACAGCAUAUGCUUUUCGGAAUCCCACCAUUGGGUAUUGCCAGGCCAUGAACAUUGUGACGUCCGUAUUACUUCUGUACUGUAAUGAGGAAGAAGCUUUCUGGCUUCUUGUAGCCUUGUGUGAAAGGAUGUUACCAGAUUACUACAACACCAGAGUGGUUGGUGCGUUGGUAGACCAGGGCAUCUUUGAGGAGCUCACACAGGACUGUCUUCCCCAUUUGUCUGAGAAGAUGCAGGAUCUGGGUGUCAUUUCUAGCAUAUCACUCUCUUGGUUCCUCACCCUCUUCCUCAGUGUCAUGCCUUUUGAAAGUGCUGUUGUCAUUGUUGACUGUUUCUUCUAUGAAGGCAUCAAGGUCAUCUUGCAGGUCUCUCUGGCUAUUCUGGAUGCCAACAUGGACAAGCUGCUAAACUGUUCCGAUGAAGGCGAGGCGAUGACUGUCCUGGGCAGGUAUCUGGAUAAUGUCAUUAAUCGACAUAGUGUGUCACCGCCUAUCCCGCAUCUCCAUGCGUUAUUGACGAGUGGAGAUGAGCCACCAGUGCAAAUUGAUAUCUUUCAACUUAUAAAAACUGCCUAUGAGAAAUUCAGCCAUUUGAAGGCAGAUGAUAUUGAGCAGAUGCGCUUUAAGCAGAGAUUGAAGGUAAUCCAUUCUUUGGAGGACACAGCCAAGCGGAGUGUAGUCCGAGCUGUAUCUGGUGAUAUUGGGUUUUCAAUGCAAGAAUUAGAAGACCUUUAUGUAGUAUUUAAGGCCAAGCACCUUAUGAGCUGUUACUGGGGAAAUUGUGCUGCUGCUUCCCAACGAGACCAGAGCUUGCCCUACUUAGAGCAGUAUCGCAUUAACAUGGAGCAAUUUAAAGAUUUAUUUGCUUCUCUUACACCUUGGUCUUGUGGCCUCCAUACGCCAGUGCUGGCAGAAAGAAUGUUCCACGUCCUGGAUGAGAACAAAGAUUCGCUCAUUAACUUCAAGGAGUUUGCAACAGGAAUGAGUGGAAUGUAUCAUGGUGAUUUGACUGAAAAAUUAAAACUCCUUUACAAACUACAUUUACCUCCAGCUCUGAAUCCAGAAGAAGCAGAAUCUGCUCUGGAGGCAACAAAUUACUUCACAGAUGAUAAAACUACAGAAGUAUCUCCUUAUGUCUCAGAACUGGAUCUCUUCCUGCAGUGUGAUUCUCAAGAACCAGCAGUGCAGGAAGACAAAACAUCAAGAGAGAAGAACUCUAAAGAACAAGAGGAGAAGGGUACCAGUCCACAAGAUUACAGAUACCAUCUACGAAUGUGGGCCAAGGAAAAAGAUUCCAAAAAAGAAACUAUCAAGGAUCUCCCUAAAAUGAGUCAGGAACAAUUUAUAGAGCUGUGCAAGACCCUUUACAAUAUGUUUAGUGAAGAUCCUGUAGAGCAAGAGCUGUACCAUGCCAUCGCUACAGUUGCCAGCCUUCUUCUGCGUAUUGGGGAGGUAGGCAAAAAGUUCUCUCACCAGCCUACAAAGAAAGCUGUUGACUGCAAAGCAAACAACUCCCAGGAUGUACCAAGUGAAGAAGAGUCCCCAACAUCUGAACAGAGUCAGAAUUCAACUGUAGAACGAUAUCCCCAGGCCAACACAGAAAAUAAAGCUUCUGGAGAUGUACAGCUUGAGAAACACCAACAGGAAAAUCAGAUUUUUGUAGAUGGAGGUGGUGAGGGUCCAGGCUCUCCCAUACAGAUGCUUUCAGAUGACGAAACCAAAGAUGAUAUGUCCAUGUCUUCAUACUCCAUGGUCAGCACGGGCUCCUUGCAGUGUGAAGAUAUUGCAGAUGACACCGUGCUGGUUGGCUGUGAGGCUGCCAGCUCAGUUGCCCGAUACGGCAGCACCAUUGACACAGACUGGUCCAUCUCCUUCGAACAGAUCUUGGCUUCGGUGCUUACGGAGACUGCCCUGGUGAACUACUUUGAGAAGAAAAUUGACAUUACUCAGAAGAUCAAGGAGCAAAAGAAAGUAGAAAGGCAGUGCAGUUCAUCUAGCGAUUAUGAACUUUCCUCAGUGUCAGGUUGAACUCAGGGAAAAGGGCAAAGCUGGGUAAUAGAAGUGGAAGAUCUAGAAACCUGUCUGGACAUGGCUUAUUUGUUUGUUCAUUUUUUACCAACAGCUAUAAUUACCCAACAGUUAAAGUAGUUUCAGCUAUAGUAAGGGGUUUAUCACAAUGACUGUUUAAUAUAGAUACCUCCCUGGAGGAUGCCUUGCUUGCUGGGCUUAUGUUACCUUCUCAAGAGCAUGAAAGCCAUUAGAACCUAAUAGCCUCUGUGGCUUAGAGUUACUACACUUAAAUUAUGCAUGUCUGCCUCUGAUCAUCUUUCUUGAGUGGAGCUUGAUUUCAGUCACACUCUAUUCUACCUUCAUUUGCUUUUAGGUUCUUUGAUAAGAAAGACAGUCUAUCUUGAAUUCUAUGUCUAUGGCUGAACCCCGUGACCUAACGCUAUGUAUCAAAAUGUUGCAGAGGCCCCAGCCUGCCUAAGAGACAGCCUUGUUAAGCAACCUAAAUAAAACAUAGUCAUUUGUCAGAUAUAAGAAGUUCCAUUCCACAACUCCCUGAAGUUAGGAUGCACCAGUAUCUUGGGGCAGCAGGUUUCUAUCCCAAGUGAAUUAUCAUCCCAGUAUGAUGUGGUUUUGAAAGAUGCACAUUAGCAUCUUUUAGUUUGCUUUUAAUUCUUCUGUGCCAAGUGUUCGUUUUUAAUUUCACUGAAAGAAAGAAAAGCACUGAGAAUUGCUACAGCUACAAGGGUUGGGUUGGGUAUUAUCACCCUAAGAAAGGCAAAGCAAUAGAAUAAUGGACACAUUAUUCAUCUUGCUGUUUUGAUCAUUCAGUAGUUGUCUUUAUAAUUUUGAAGACUGCAUUUGAUCAUGAAGGUCAUGGAUUGCAGUAAACCAGUUAUCACAGCAGAAACUGAAGAGAUUUCUUUCUUACUAUGGUCAUAAGCAGACCUUCAGGUUUUUCUGUGCGCUGGACCCAUCCAUUGCUCCAGGCAGGUGUAGAAACAGCGUAAUUCUGGUAAUUUUCCUUAGGCCUCCAUCCUUUUUACUGGAACCACCUAAGUGGUUGCAGCAUAGUCCAAGCCUCUCAUCAUAUUGUAAUUGGUUUGGGACCAUCUUUUGUUUUAUAGGCAUAUGGCAUGCAGACCCUGCUCUCUGCACAUCAUUUUGUGGAGCAGGGGAAAGUUGAAGCCCCAUUUUGAGACUGAUAGCUUCCCUGUGGGAAGGACUUCACUCUCAAGAACCACCAUUAUAUUUGUUUCUUCAUACAUGCUCAUCUCGUUACACAAAUAUAUUAUUCUGUCCACCAUGAUCUUCAUUGAACGUGAGUAAGUGGUUGUGUGUGUGGCUGUGGCCUGGCCAGCAAUGAAUGUGAGCUACACUGGUAGUUCGGAAAGAGGAAAUUCUGAAGCCCUUGAAUGGCUUCACUUGUGGAGCACACCACAUGGCACAAUACCCAGUGUUGCUGUAUUUCUGUGGUGUAUUUUAUGUGUAUUCACAACCGAUACACGUUUCUUAAAUCCCGGCCUCUCUUGUCAGGUAUGUCUGGACACAUAACAGAAAAAUGUGCUUUUUACUAAUUCUUCAGUAAUUUAUUGUAUUUUUAAAAAAAUUACAGGUAUAUGUGAUUUUACAUUAUGUCUGAUCAAUCACGUAUUCAAUAAAUGGAAGAUCUCACAUAUA